AUGGGAUCGGCCGGCAGAUCUAAUGAGGAGCAGGAGGACGUGGGGGAGAUGAGAUCUAAUGAGGAGCAGGAGGACGUGGGGGAGAUGGGAUCGGCCGGCAGAUCUAAUGAGGAGCAGGAGGACGUGGGGGAGAUGGGAUCGGCCGGCAGAUCUAAUGAGGAGCAGGAGGACGUGGGGGAGAUGGGAUCGGCCGGCAGAUCUAAUGAGGAGCAGGAGGACGUGGGGGAGAUGGGAUCGGCCGGCAGAUCUAAUGAGGAGCAGGAGGACGUGGGGGAGAUGAGGUCGGCCGGCAGAUCUAAUGAGGAGCAGGAGGACGUGGGGGAGAUGGGAUCGGCCGGCAGAUCUAAUGAGGAGCAGGAGGACGUGGGGGAGAUGGGAUCGGCCGGCAGAUCUAAUGAGGAGCAGGAGGACGUGGGGGAGAUGAGGUCGGCCGGCAGAUCUAAUGAGGAGCAGGAGGACGUGGGGGAGAUGAGGUCGGCCGGCAGAUCUAAUGAGGAGCAGGAGGACGUGGGGGAGAUGAGGUCGGCCGGCAGAUCUAAUGAGGAGCAGGAGGACGUGGGGGAGAUGGGAUCGGCCGGCAGAUCUAAUGAGGAGCAGGAGGACGUGGGGGAGAUGGGAUCGGCCGGCAGAUCUAAUGAGGAGCAGGAGGACGUGGGGGAGAUGGGAUCGGCCGGCAGAUCUAAUGAGGAGCAGGAGGACGUGCUGGAGAUGAGGUCGGCCGGCAGAUCUAAUGAGGAGCAGGAGGACGUGGGGGAGAUGGGAUCGGCCGGCAGAUCUAAUGAGGAGCAGGAGGACGUGGGGGAGAUGGGAUCGGCCGGCAGAUCUAAUGAGGAGCAGGAGGACGUGGGGGAGAUGAGGUCGGCCGGCAGAUCUAAUGAGGAGCAGGAGGACGUGGGGGAGAUGGGAUCGGCCGGCAGAUCUAAUGAGGAGCAGGAGGACGUGGGGGAGAUGAGGUCGGCCGGCAGAUCUAAUGAGGAGCAGGAGGACGUGGGGGAGAUGAGAUCUAAUGAGGAGCAGGAGGACGUGGGGGAGAUGGGAUCGGCCGGCAGAUCUAAUGAGGAGCAGGAGGACGUGGGGGAGAUGGGAUCGGCCGGCAGAUCUAAUGAGGAGCAGGAGGACGUGCUGGAGAUGGGAUCGGCCGGCAGAUCUAAUGAGGAGCAGGAGGACGUGGGGGAGAUGGGAUCGGCCGGCAGAUCUAAUGAGGAGCAGGAGGACGUGGGGGAGAUGGGAUCGGCCGGCAGAUCUAAUGAGGAGCAGGAGGACGUGGGGGAGAUGGGAUCGGCCGGCAGAUCUAAUGAGGAGCAGGAGGACGUGGGGGAGAUGGGAUGGUCGGCCGGCAGAUCUAUCGGCCGGCAGAUCUGA